UGUAACAACCUCAAACACGACAAGACUUGCGAAUGAGCCGCCAUCUUGAAUUCCUGAUGUCAUGGGCAAACCCGCUAAUGACUAUAGACGCAGGCGCGGUAUCUACCCAGGACCACUCGGUCUUGAGCGCCAUCUUGAAAAUUUCAUUAUUUGGAAGUCGAUAAAAAAAAUGUGGCUUACAAGGAUUUUACUUGGGCGAAGAUCUGCACCUGGAAGAAUAUUUGCAGGGAAGAAUCGAAUUAUAAAAAAAAUAACCUCAAUGCAAAGAAGAAACACAAGGGAUAAAGAAGAAAUCAUAGGUAGAGUCGAGUCCUUACUGAGCACUCCAUAUCUGACCAUGGAAGAAGAAUAUGGCCAUACAUCAGCAAGAAAAAAAGAAGACAGGCAAGAAUUUCUACUCAACAGAAAAAGAACCUUGGGGCCUAAUAUCUAUGCUGUACCAUCCAAAAGCUUAACAGAUAAAUCAAAGGCAAUUCUGAGUCACCUCAACGUAACGAGAUGAUGAAAUUAAUAUCAUUAGACAAAUGAAUGUUGUUGUACUUGUAUAUAUGGAAAAUAAUUAAACUUAGAAUAUAAUUGUUGGA